ACAAACGCAUCUGUCAAUCAACUUGAUGGUCGUGACGGUCGACAUGCCUUGUGUGCUGCUGAUUAUAAUGUCGUGUUCUUAACGAACAGGUGUUGUGGUUCAGUGCGCCAUGCGAGGUUCACACGGUGCGUACAACCAGUAGCCUGAUCACAUUUUGAUUUACGGAGCACACGUGGGGAGAGGAAGCUGUUCUAUUGCAAUAUUGACAAGUCAUUUUAAACUAUCCUCAAUCAGUCGAUCGACAGGCAAUCACUCAAUCGAUCCAUGACUCGGUCGUCAACAAAAUCACGACCACAACGCGUCGCAAAAUGAGGCUUUUCGAGAAGAUUAGCGAUUACGGCAUAGCAUGCCAUGCUCAUUAACUUAUUUUACACGGAACUUAAACGCAGCCUCAAUCUCUGCAGCUAUAGGAGUCUCAGCGGAGGGAUCCGAGCCUACACCUCUAAUUGGACCAAAGGUGGCGUGUGUAGAAAAACCACAGCCCAGUGCUGGAUCCCGGAGGGAGCAUUAGUGUGGUCAGGAACCCUUGACAAGAAGGAGGGUGCAUGGAGGGCUCAAGGCCGGUAAAGCUGGGGUCAUCAACCACCCUCUGGUUGGGGCUGGUCUCCGCCACUGUAGCCGCAGUCUGCGCCGCUGACUCCCAGACCACGCCCAGCCCCUUGCUACCCUCCAGCGGCAAUGGCACCUGCCGCGGGAACUACAAGUGUCGACCGGGCAUCAUCCUGCCAAUCUGGUACCCCGAGGACCCCUCUAUGGGGGACAAGGUCGCCCGGGUCAUCGUGUACUUUGUGGCCAUGAUCUACAUGUUCCUGGGGGUGUCUAUCAUCGCCGACCGCUUCAUGGCGGCCAUCGAGGUCAUCACGUCCCAGGAGAAGGAGAUCGUCAUCAAGAGGCCCAACGGGGAGACCACCACCACCACCAUCCGCGUGUGGAACGAGACGGUGUCCAACCUCACGCUGAUGGCGCUGGGCUCGUCCGCCCCCGAGAUCCUGCUCUCGGUCAUCGAGGUGUGCGGCCACGGGUACAACGCCGGCGAGCUCGGACCCUCCACCAUCGUGGGCAGCGCGGCCUUCAACAUGUUCGUGAUCAUCGGCCUCUGCGUUUCCGUCAUCCCCGAGGGCGAGGUGCGCAAGGUCAAGCACCUGCGGGUGUUCUUCGUCACGGCCGGCUGGAGCGUCUUCGCCUACAUCUGGCUGUACAUGAUCCUGGCCGUGUUCUCGCCCAACGUGGUCCAGAUCUGGGAAGGCCUGGUCACACUCGCCUUCUUCCCCAUAUGCGUGAUGCUGGCCUGGGUGGCGGACCGGCGGCUGCUCUUCUACAAGUUCAUGCACAAGAAGUACCGCCACGACAAGCACCGCGGCGUCAUCAUCGAGACGGAGACGGACCGGCCCAAGGGCAUCGAGAUGGACGGCAAGAUGGUGAACUCGCACUUUGCGGACGGCGGCGCCAGCAGCAACCUCAUCGGACAGAUCGAGGGCAAGGAGGUGGACGAGUCCCGGCGCGACAUGAUCCGCAUCCUGAAGGACCUGAAGCAGAAGUACCCGGAGAAGGACAUGGACCAGCUGGUGGAGAUGGCCAACUACUACGCCCUCUCGCACCAGCAGAAGAGCCGGGCCUUCUACCGGAUCCAGGCCACGCGCAUGAUGACGGGCGCCGGCAACAUCCUGAAGAAGCACGUGGCGGAGCAGGCCAAGAGGAGCAUCAGCGUGCAGGAGGUGCACGUGGAGGAGCCGGAGGAGUACGUGUCCCGCAUCGCCUUCGACCCGGCCGUCUACCAGUGUCUGGAGAACUGCGGUGCCGCCAUGCUCGCCGUCACCAGGAAGGGUGGUGACGUGGACAAGACCGUCUACGUGGAUUACAAAACCGAGGACGGCUCGGCCAACGCCGGAGCCGACUACGAGUUCAGCGAGGGCACGGUGGUCUUCAAGCCGGGCGAGACCGUGAAGGAGAUCAGCGUGGGCAUCAUCGACGACGACAUCUUCGAGGAGGACGAGCACUUUUUCGUGCGCCUCAGCAACCUGCGCGUGCUGGAGACGGAGGACGAGGUGCUGUCCCCCAACAGCCUGCCGUACCCCAUGGCCAUGCUGGGCUUCCCCAACGUGGCCACCGUCACCAUCCUGGACGACGACCACUCGGGCAUCUUCACCUUCGAGAGCGGCUCGGUGCACGUGAGCGAGAGCAUCGGCGUGAUGGAGGUGAAGGUGCUGCGGACGUCCGGCGCCCGCGGCACGGUGGUGGUGCCCUUCCGCACCAUGGAGGGGCUCGCCAAGGGUGGCGGGGAGGACUUCGAGGACACCUACGGGGAACUGGAGUUCAAGAACGACGAGACCUGGUAAGAGAACCCUUUUUCUAUCUCCUCGUUCCCCCGUCAGGUGGUCCGUCGAUCGCAGGAGGCUUUCUUGCUAGCUGGGGUUUCUGGCGGAUAUAAUGUCGGUCAUUAUAUUGGUUUUGUCUUCUUUUUGUGCUUGGUGCGACUGUAAAGGCUUCAUGGCCUUGAUUAGUAUGUAUCGAUCCAUGUAUUCUAUUUAGUUACUUUACUGCAGCAUCAUCACUCCAAACUGAGAGGUUAUGUGUUGAGUUCCUUCGACUCUGUAGGUCUACCGCCUUGACUCUGUGUUAGUAUGGGUCUUGAGGAAUGAGUUGUGUUGCAAC